AUGUCGGAGAGGAAGCGUCGUCGCGUGGAAGAAGAUGCUCGCCGUCUCGAGCUGUGUGCGGACGAUCUCCGCGAGUUAGGCGCCUCCAUCGGGUCUUGUCUGUUCCGCACUCCGUCGAUUCACGUAUCAGUACCUUUACAGGCCCCUAGCUCAUCUUCUAAGCCUCGGAGGCCUGUCUCAAAGUCGCCAUCCAUUCCGUCCCGUUCGCUCUACUCGCUCGUCUCUAGUGCAGCCUACGCGGCGAAAGCGAACGUUUACGGCAAUCAGGACACGUGGCCUACAAAACUUCAUCGAUUAGCUCUCGAAAUUGACGAGAAGAACGGGUCGUCAGAGGCGAUCGAGCGGUGCGACCGGCUUAAACGCCGUUUCGAGGCCCUGUCCGACACAGUUCGGCUGUGUCAGGAGAAGGCGAGAAAAACAGAUGAACUGGCCUUACAGAGCCGACUGGAGACUCAACUUGCGCAUGAGGAGACGGCGUGGGAGCAGCAGAUGCAGACAAUAGAGCAACGCGUAGCCGAGCGCGAGGUCGAACUCCAAGCUCUGAAGGAGGAGAACGAGGCGGACGAGGCCGAACAGGAAGAACGCAACGACUCAGAACAAGAACAAGACGACGAAGAAGAGGAACAAGAAGCGCAAGUGGAGAUAUCUGAGCUGCAAGAAGCUGUAGCUCUCCGCGCAGAGGAGAAGCGAGACAUUGAGGCCGCUAUCAGCUCACUACAGAGGAAGAAGACGCGACGCCAGGCGUUGCUUGCAGAAGAGAGGAAGAAGAGACAAACGAAGAGUGUGGACGUCGAAGCAGACGCCACUGCAACAGCUAGAGAGCAGGUGUUAAACGAGUUGAAAGACGAGAAGGAUGCACUACAGAGAGAGAUCAUCGCAGCGGAAGAGACGGAGGAGAACUUGGACGAGAACGUUCGAGACUUGCCCAUGCUGAAAGAAGAAGUAGCUGAGGCUAAGAAGGAGAGAGCCACGGUACAAGCUCACGUGGACUCGCUGAGACUGGAGCUGGCCAGACGGAAACGCAAGAUGCGCCACAUGGUGGACGUGCAGCUCUUGACCGCGAGAGACACCAACCCGCCCUCGUUACGAGAAGAAGCUGUGCUGCUGCAUUUACUGUACGAACACGACGGCGAGAUGGGAGUAAAUGAACUCAAGCAGGAGGCCAGUACAGUCCUCAAAGACCACGGAAGACCGCACGGCAACGGUGUAGUCAUACGCGCGCUGUACUCGCUGGUGGCGAACGGCGUCGUGCAGAUCGACCGCUCGUACGGCAACGGUCUGGUCACGUCGCUUCUGGUGUAG